AUGUAUUGUUUAAGACAACUUUUCAAUCAUAGAUGUGAAAUAAAAAAUUUCAAAUCAAUUAUUUUAUCUCGUUAUUUUUCCAAAGAAGGUUUAGAUACCUCACUAAACAAUGACUUAAAUACUUUUGAAUCGCAGUUUUGUCCAAUACUUGAAAGAAAACUACAAAUAUCAAAUAACUAUGCAAAGCCUAGAGAAGUUUGGGUAGAAAAUGUUGACAGUAUUAAAGAACAGAAAAGGGGAUUAGUUCAGUUAAAUCCUAGUAUAUUUGGAACAAUUCCACGACUGGAUUUAAUUUAUUAUAAUAUUAAAUGGCAAUCACUUUAUAGCAGAGUAAUACUUUAUAGUGCAAAAACUAGAGCUGAGAUGAAAGGGAGUGGUAGAAAACCGCAUCCUCAAAAAGGUACAGGAAGAGCCAGGCUUGGAAGUAGAAGAGCUCCUCAAGUGAAAGGAGGUGGAACAUGUCAUGGACCUAGAAACCCUACAUCUUACUAUUUUAGGAUUCCUCUUUACAAAAAAAUUCAUGGUUUAACUUCUACUUUAUCAGCGAAAUUAGCACAAAAUGAUUUACAUGUUGUUGAUAAUAUUAAUAUUCCAACAGAUGAUAGUCAAUACAUGAUAGAUUUGAUGAAAGAAAGAAAUUGGGGUUCUUCUGUACUCAUUGUUGAUAGUGAUGAUAUUAUGCCCAGAAAUAUUUCUAUUGCUACAGAUUCAAUUGGUUAUAUUACUUUAAUGCCGGUUUACGGGCUUAAUGUUUAUGGAAUGUUAAAGCAUGAUACUUUAGUUCUGACUUUAUCAGCUUUAGAUGAAUUAGAAAAUAAGUUGGUUUCAGUGCUUAACGCGUGUUCUACACCCGAAGUAUAG